UUUCAGAUUGCAGUGCAACAAAUAAUAAAUAAAUAAAUACCCCAGCAGAGAGCAUUAAACGAAUAAAUUGCACCCCCGCAGCGCGUCUAGUGGUCUCGGGCACAAAAUCUAGAGUUAUCUCUGUGACUAUUGGGUUGGUGGCUGCCAGUGCUUCUGCUGACACAGUCGCAGAAGCAGUAGCGUCGUAGCUGGCUGGAGUGCUGGAACACAGAAGAAGCCACACAAAUAGAAUAUAUUUAGAGAGCUGCUCGGUGGGCCCCGUCCGAUCCCCGGGGGGAUCGGAGCGCCAUGUCCUACUUUAUGCAUGCGGCGAGCAGCGACUUGGUCAACCUCAACGUGGGCGGGCAACGCUUUUCGACGUCGCGACAAACGCUUACGUGGAUCCCGGACACCUUCUUCACGGCCCUGCUCAGCGGACGGAUUUCCAGCCUGAGGGAUGAGCACAACGCCAUCUUUAUCGACCGUGAUCCGACCCUGUUUUCCAUAAUCCUCAACUACCUGAGGACCAAGGACAUAGACAUCAAGAACUGUGAGAUUCGAGCUUUGCGGCAUGAGGCAGAGUACUAUGGCAUCACACCUCUGACCAAACGCCUGGCCCUCUGCGAGGACCUCAACCAUUCGUCCUGCGGCGAUGUCCUGUUUUACGGAUUCCUGGCUGCACCGGCCAUGCCAUCCAACGAGACCGUGCCGGCAGCAUCCAUUGAUGAGCAGCAGCCCUCUACUUCGUCAAGUCGACCUGGGUCUAUGGUGCGAGUUCCGGAACCGUCGCGUUCCUCCCACUCGCGCAACUCAUCGUGGGACUUGCGUUUGGGUCGCACUGGAAGCAGCGGAGCUGGAUCGAAUGCACCAGCUCCUAUGCUACACUCGAGGAACCCUUCAAUGGACUUUAUGCGACAUUCGCGUAACUCCUCGGCAGAUUUAAACAAGGUCUUUCGAAACGAGGUGGGAAUGGUCUUCAGUCCCACACAGAGCUCCCACUGGGUGGACCCGAUGCGGGUGCAGAUAAUAAAGGCGCACCAGAACUGGAUUGCCGUGGCCUACGCUCACUUUGUGACCUGCUAUCGGGUCAAGGAUUCCAACGGCUGGCAGCAGGUUUUCACGUCGCCCCACAUCGACGCCACCAUCGAGCGGAUUGCCAUUAACUCGAAGGUAAACACAUCCACGGCAGAGCCAAUACCCAGCAAGAUGGUAGCCAUUUCGUACGGCAGCCAGAUCCGAUUGUGGAGCAUUCAGGAUGGCGGUCAAAAGACGGACAUUGGAACCUUCAACUUGAACGUGAGGGUGGAGUACUUGUUUUUCAUCGGCAGCCAGCUGGUAGCCCUGUCUUCGUCGGGAAAGAUCGGCGUCUGGCACGCCAUGACACAACAUUGGCAGAUCCAAGACCUGGUCCCUGUGCUUUCGUUCGACUCGGCUGGCUCGUUCCUGCUGCUUGGAUGCAACAACGGGUCCAUUUACUACAUUGACAUGCAAAAGUUCCCACUUCGCAUGAAGGACAACGAUCUGCUGGUCACCGAGCUGUACAAGGACAUCACCCUGGAUCCCAUCACGGCCAUCUCGGUGUAUCUCACUCCAAAGACCUCCAGCAUUAGUGGAAACUGGAUCGAAAUAGCCUACGGCACCAAGUCGGGCGCCGUUCGCAUCAUCGUCCAACAUCCCGAAACAGCAGGACACGGGCCCCAUCUCUUCGAGACCUUCUUUGUGCACCAGAGUCCCGUCACCAAGGUCAUGCUCUCCGAAAAGUAUCUGGUGUCUGUAUGCAGUGAGUACCAUCAUGUGCGCACCUGGAGCCUGACCCGCUUCCGGGGAAUGCUAUCCACCCAGCCAGGCUCCACACCGGAGGCAUCCUUCAAGAUUGUGUCACUGGAAGCCACCGAUACCAGCUACAGCUAUGCGGCUGGGAACGAUUUUGGGCCGUACGGGGACUACGAUGAGAUGAUUUUCGUCCAAAAGGUGGUGCCCGAAACAGACCAGCUGUACGUGCGACUGGCUUCCAAGGGAGAUCGCGUGUGCGUCAUUCGGUCGGUGGAUAGCUCGACAAUUUCAGCGUUCUGUGUGCACGAGUGCGAGGUAUCGUCGCGCAUGGGAUCACGAUUUAUACUCACGGGUCACUGCAAUGGCGCCAUCCAAAUGUGGGACCUGACCACGGCCCUGCUACUCUCCAAGGACAAGCCCCAGCAGAAAACCAAUGGCGGACCCGACACUAAUGAGCUUCUCCGCCUACUUGACCAGUGUGAAAUCAGCAAUUCAUCAUGCUCAACACCUUGUAUGUCGCCGUGUCUAUCAGUUGUGGGCAACGGCUCUGGACUGGCCUCCUCCAUCGCCCGGAUGAAGGCUAGCAAUAUUGCGCUGCUUAACCGUGAACCGGCUCUGGCAGCGCAGAUGCCGAUGCAGCCUCCUGCCCAGCAACCGGCUGUUCCGCCACAAGUGGCACCUGCCCUCCCAGCCGAGGCAGUGGUGGCGGCAGCAGCGGCUGUCCUCCCGAUGGCUGAUAACAACAACGAAUGAGACGUGGAAGCGGCUGCUUGGUCGGCGCUUGUCGGGCGCGUUUCUUCAUUCACUUUUCACAGGUGUAGCUUGAUCUUCGACUAUCAAUUUAUAUUGCUGCAGUUCGUCGUGUGCACCCUACUCUACGUGUGGGUGUCGCGGCUCACCAAGGGCCUAUAACGACGCACUGCAGCCACCGGCAUUUACCCAAUCAAAUAAUCUCCAUUCUAAGUGCUCGAUGUACCCCCUAUUCCCCCUUGUUUAAUGUGUGAAAUUGUGGAUCGUUCAGUUAGUUUUAAAAUGAGAAAUGCCUUUGUUCUAGUUAAAGUUAUUAAAGUUAGUUAAACGAACCAUAGUUAAAACAAUGUAAACCAGAGUAUAAGACUUUUACAAGCGAUCUAUAAUUAGCACAAAUCUUAACAGUUGUUCCACCUGGAGUGUUAUUCCAAGCCUAAUUAUCUUAAGAUCGAAACUGGAUUAGAUUCGUUGGUGCCCAGUACAAAAAAUGACCGAAAUGCAUGUCCAUAAAUAAGUUCUUUGUUCUCCAACCACUCAGACAGGUGUCUGGGUUAGAUUGUGGCGUAUGUAUAUCUCUAUAAAUCAAUCCUGGUGGAACAACUCACA